CUUAACCGGCUCUAUAAAAAUUUCAAUUCUUUCUCGUCCACUCCGGUGUUACAAAGCCCGCCUAGGCUUCCCUUCCACCUUCUAAACCUCUGCUCCAUGGCUGCUCAUUUUCAUGAGGAAAUCGUCUGCCAUGCUCGCUCUUUCGAGCUCCGUCUUCUACGUUGCAGUCUAUCAUUGGACAACCCACAUUCCUCUCCGGAUCCGCCGACUGAUUCUCUACCUCUAUUAACUCAUUCUCAUCUCUUGCUCGAUCAGGUUAUUCAGUUGAUCGAAUCCGGGCAGUACAUCAAGGCGCUCUCCUCUCCCUCCGUGCUUUCUGCCUUCUCCAACUCUCAAUUUCAGCCCCAAUUCACAAAUUCCGCUGAGUCCGCUCAGCAAUUCUACUCCGAGUUCGUGCCAGAGUGUGUGACUUCAUUCUUCAACAGUAAUGGGGGUGGACAAUCGGAUGGGUCGAGCUUUGAUAGAAUAUUUAAGGCUCUUGUUGUUUUGUCUGCUGCGGUUGCAUCUCUUCUUGCUUUUGUUCAGUGCAACACUACUGGUCCAGUAGAGAAGUUUCCACAUAUGCCUUUAGUUGCACUCAUUCCUCAUGAAGGAGAGAUCAGUGAUAGUGGAAGAUGGAUGGAAUGGGAGACAUGGGUACAAAAGGAGUUGAUUUCAGUAGGUUCGGACUUAGGGGCUAAAUAUUCUAAUACUCAGUAUAUAGUUUUUGCAAAGAUCCUGCUUUUGAGGACAAAAGAUCUUUUGGCAGAAGGCAACUUGUCUUCUGAAGUGAAAAGCAUAUCGUGGUGGUUGGCUAGGUUGCUUUUCUUCCAUCAGAAAUUGUUAGAUGAUCGUUCUUCGACACUGUUUGAUCUCCUACAAGUCUAUACUCUUGAGAGUUUGGAUCAGUUUGGUACAUCAGAAAAGGUCAGAGAUUAUUGGGUUACUCAGAUCACAAAUGAUGAUGCUUCUACUAUUGUAUCAGCUCUUCAUUUAGAGGCCGGAAUCAUGGAACUUACCUAUGGGCGGAUUGAUUCUUCUCAACUGUAUCUUGAAUCAGCAGCGGAAGCAUCUGGACUUCAAUUUUCUUUGAGUGGGGCCAUGGGCUUUCGAACUGUACAUCAGGUUGAACCAAAGGCCCAAUUAGUUCUUGUUGGAAGCACUAAUGGUGGUGAGAAGGGUGCUCAGCAAGGGCAUGAGUUGGAGACUAGUGCAUCAGUUGCUGGUGAAUAUGUUCAACAUCCACAAUCAGAUGAAAUGUCUGAAGCAUCUGAUAUAUUAAUGACACCAAGGUUUGUGGAGGAUGUCAAGACUUCUUAUGCGAAUUGCAGUAUUGCUACUAGCCGAUUAAAGUCUGUCCAACAAGCAGUAGUUUUGGCACAUUGUCAUUUUAAAGAGAGGAGUGCUCGGAAUGAUGAAUUGCAAAGGUGGGAAGUGGCUCCAUAUAUAGAGGCAAUUAAUUCCCAACAGUCAUCACCCUUCAUGAUUCAAUAUCUCUGUGACAUAUCUCGUAUCCAUUGGGAAUCAACUCGUAGUCGCACAAAACAACGCUCAUUGCUGAUGAUGGAUAAAUUGGUUCAAAGUAUACAUGAUUCUUCACCUGUAGUUUCACAGAGGAUGCCAUUUUGCUUUGGAGCUAAAGUUCCUACCCUUCCUGCAUUGCGCAAGGAGUUUGGUGAUUUGCUAGUAAGCUGUGGCUUGGUUGGGGAAGCUGUCAAAAUAUAUGAGGACCUUGAGCUUUGGGAUAAUUUAAUAUAUUGUUACAAGCUUAUGGAGAAGAAGGCAGCAGCUGUGGAACUCAUCAAGGCAAGGUUAUCUGAUAGGCCAUCUGACCCAAGGCUAUGGUGCUCUUUAGGUGAUGUUACAAAUGAUGAUGCGUGCUAUGAGAAAGCCCAAGAAGUUUCUGGGAACAAGUCUGCUCGAGCACUGCGCUCUCUUGCUCGUAGUGCAUAUAAUAGGGGGGACUAUGAGAGGUCAAAAGCCCUAUGGGAGUCUGCAAUGAGAAUGAAUUCCAUGUAUCCCGAUGGAUGGUUUGCAUUAGGCGCCGCAGCAUUAAAGGCUAAGGAUGUGGAUAAAGCGCUUGACGGAUUUACACGUGCUGUUCAGCUUGAUCCUGAAAAUGGAGAAGCUUGGAAUAAUAUUGCAUGUUUGCACAUGGUCAAGAAGAGAAACAAGGAGUCUUUUAUUGCUUUUAAGGAAGCACUGAAGUUCAAGCGAGACAGCUGGCAGAUGUGGGAAAAUUUAAGCCAUGUUGCUGCAGAUAUUGGCAAUAUCAGUCAGGCAAUGGAAGCUGUACAGAAGGUGUUGGACAUGACUAAUAAAAAAAGAAUUGAUAUUGAAUUACUAGAGAAGGUGAUGAAGGACCUUGAAAUGCGUGUUUCAACUGCCCAUUCUGUGUCUCCCGCAUCAAGCAAUGUUACUAACAAUAACAUUGCUGAUGUCAUAUCUGAUGCAAACCAUGCUGACAAAAUCUUGACUUCAGAAGCAGGGUUUUCAUUUGAACCCGAAACGCAACACUUAAUUAAUGUUCUUGGCAAAAUCUUGCGACAGAUGGUACAAAGUGGCAGUAGUGCAGAGGUGUGGGGUUUGUAUGCUAGGUGGCACAAACUCAAAGGAGAUUUGACAAUGUGUUCAGAGGCCCUCCUGAAGCAAGUCAGAUCGUACCAGGGAUCAGACUUAUGGAAUGAUAAAGAUCGAUUUGCCAAGUUUGCAAAUGCUUCAGUGGAACUAUGUAGGGUGUAUAUGGAACUUGCUAGCCGGAAUGCUAGGAAAGACGAGUUGAAUGCAGCUGAGAGGCACUUGAAGAGAACUAUUAAUCAGGCGGCGAAUACAUUUUCAGAUAGUAAAGAAUAUCAAGACCUAGUGGCCUGCCUUGGUGAAGUGCAGAAGGCAUUGCAAACAUAGGGCUUCUCCACUUUGAUGAUCAAACCCCCUUUGCAUCCACAAUGGACAUAUUGAUUCUCCAGUUUCUUUUGAGUUUAUAAAAAGAAUACCUUUUUUAAUGUAUUUUUUGGGGGUUUCCUGCUAUUGUGAGCUAAUUAUUUUACUUGUAUCAUUUUGUAUUAAACAUAAUUAUUUCUCCUUGGUUUAUGAUCACUUUGGACAUACAAGAGGAUUUGGCUUAGCCAGCAGUAGGAAAUGUUGUAUACAGGCAGUGGCGGACCCAGUAUAAUGCAGCUGUAGCAAUUUAUAUUCAUUAAAUGCAGUUUUAUUGU